CUGGAGUUCUGGCUGGCAUCAGCUGUUGAUAAAUAAUUGGAAGCUACAAAUUUAUGUUUUAUACACUUUUAAAUGGGUGGCAAGAGCUAUUACUGCGAUUAUUGUCGCUGUUUCAUGAAAAACGACUUAAAUGUUCGCAAACUACACAAUUCGGGUCUAUCGCAUACUGUAGCUAAGGUUACCUUUAUGAAGCAAUUUGAAGAUCCUCGCAAGCUACUGGAAGAGGAGCGCGCCAAAAUUCCCUGCACACGGUAUUUUAGCGGCUAUUGCAAAUUUCAGCUUUUCUGUCAAUACCGGCAUUUUAGUGACAAGCAAUUGGCGAAACUAGAAGAAAUUGUUUCUCAGCUAAAAAAGUCGCACAAGAGACAGUUCAAAAAGCGUCAGGCAAAACGUUCGUAUAAGAAUCUGCCACCUUCCUUGCAGCAUAUAGACGUUAGCAAGCUCAAGCAAAUACAUUUUGAAACCAGUUGGGGCUAGACAUAUACAAACAUAUGUACAUAAGUUAAAAUGUAUGUAUGUUUUUUAAUUACGCAUAAUAAAAUGUUAAUUAAUGCUUAAACUUUAAA